AUUUACUUUCUUUUCUUUUCCUUCUGUUUUCCGUAUAAUUUCUCGUGUUUGAAUGACCGCCCCCGAGACUGAGACUCUUUGCCCUUCCCGUGACACGCCUUGAGGUUCAAUCAAGCCAAUUACUCAAAGUAUAACUGACGUUAGGUCGUUGCCUUCCUGGGCAGCUUAUCUCCAACCCCGAGUUCACAGCUGCGCAUCCUUCCCCACCACCAACCACGCCCUGCAGUCUCGGGACAGAGGAUUGAGCACAGCCGCAGACGGCCCACACGCUGCACGCAGACUAAUACGGAAUACACAGUAGACAGUUAUGAUCGUUAUCAUAUAGUUUCUUUUCUACCGUACCCUGUGCUCAUCGAAUGCGCCCCUCUUGUCCCGGAUGUGGAUUUCGAAUUUGUCGCGUGUGAGUGCGAGUUCGAGGCUCGAGUCAUCGGCAGAACCAUCCGCCUGCGGGCUCAACAUUGGAAGUUAGCAACUUUACCUACCCAAUGCAGACGUGAAGCUCCUCCACCCCUGAGCCGAUGGAGGCCCAAGCCCUGGAACAUGAGCGCCGCCUCGGGAGGGCGCAGGGCGGGGAGGCCCUGAAGCACGCCAUUGCCGCGGCCGAGCUCUACAUGCAGGCAGCCGGCACGGCCAAGACGCCCGAAGAGCGCAAGCGCCUGCGCCGGAAGUGCGCCGAGCUCAUCGCGCUCGGCGAGCGUCUCAAAGCGGGCGCAACUAACAACACCCCGGCAGCCCAUCAUGUCGCCGCUCGUCCGCCCGUCCCCGAGUCCACCCGGCCGCUGACGACGCUCGAGAAGAAGAUUGUUCUCCGCUCUUCAAGCUUGCACGGGAACCUGUUCCCGCCCUGGGAAUCCGCGCCCGGCCCUGAGAGCUUUUCGGAUGCCGCCCAUCCGGGCGAGCUCUACGUCGAUCCAUCGCCAUUCUCCCUCUCCCCAGAGCAGCAAGCCAUCUUCGCCGGGUGGCGACGUCCCCACGAGCUUGUGCCCGGGGCCAAGGAUGCAUGCCCUGGCAGACAACAGGAGCUGCUCAUGGCUGCCCAGACGGAGAUGGAUCUUGCCCAGGACCUGGCCACCGACUGCUCCGUCGUAGCCAGCCUGUGCGCUGCUGCCCGUCACCUUGGGCCCACCAAAGGCUCGCUACUAUCGUCACUCAUAUAUCCCUUUGACCACCAAGCGAUGCACCCCAGGCUGUCCAGGAGCGGCAAGUAUGUGUUCCGCAUGUAUUUCAACGGGACCUGGCGCCAGGUCGCCAUUGACGACCGCUUGCCUGUAUCCAAGACCGACCGCACGCUGUACGUCGUUGACCGACGCAACCCCAGCCUGAUCUGGCCGGCUUUGGUGGAGAAGGCCUAUCUGAAAAUCAGAGGCGGCUACGACUUUCCCGGCAGCAACUCGGGCACUGAUCUACACGCUCUGACCGGCUGGAUUCCCGAGCAGAUCUUUCUUCAAAGCGACGAUCUCGAGCUGGAUGAAACGUGGAACCGCAUCAAAAAGGCCUAUGAUGAAGGCAAUGUGAUGCUCACUCUCGGGACGGGGAACAUCCUUCCCGAGGAAGAGAAAGCUCUGGGUCUGGUAAAGGAGCAUGAUUAUGCAGUUGUCAACCUGAAGGAGCAGGACGACUCCCGCCUACUCCUGAUUAAGAACCCUUGGGUCGACAGCUUGGUGUGGACGGGCGUUGGGUCUUCGGCAACGCUGAAGGCACACACCGUAGGGUCGACGUCGGAGAACGCGUCGAACCAGUUCUGGAUGGCCUUCGAAGACGUCCUCCAGCAUUUCGACUCCCUAUACGUCAACUGGAACCCGGCGCUGUUCGCCUACCGGCAGGACCACCAUUUCAGGUGGGAACUGCCGCCAGACACAGAACAGCUCGUGUAUACGCGCAAUCCGCAGUACAGCGUGCUGUCUCCCUCAGCCCGGCCGGUCUGGGUCCUGCUGAGCCGCCACUGGCAAGACGGCGAACUCGAAAUCCUACGCGAGCGCAAAGCCGAAAAGGACCGUGGCGAGGCCGCCUCGCUGGCCACGGUCUCCAAACAACUCGGCUUCACAGCGCUCGCCCUGUACGCGACCUCGCCUCCUGGCACCCGUGUCCCGCUACCCGACACCCACCACCGCCUACACCAAUGCCCCUUCGUCGACAGCCCCAACACUCUCCUGCGCUACGAUCCCGCCCCGGGGGUCCCCCAGACCCUCGUCGUCACCCAAGCCGAGCUCCCCCUCCCGGCCUACUCCUUCACGCUCUCCUUCUUCUCCCACGACCCGCUCACCAUCUCCCCGGCCGCCCCCGCGCUCCCCCACAGCACCUCCGUCAGCGGCGCCUGGACGCGCCGCACGGCAGGCGGCAGCGCCGCCCACCCGAGCUACUUCACCAACCCGCAGUACGCGCUCACCCUGCGCCAGCCGAGCCCGCUGACGCUGGUGCUGAGCACCUCGGCGCGCGACCUGCCGAUCCACAUCGCCGUGCUGUUCGCCCCCUCCUCCUCCUCCUCCUCCUCCUCGUCGCCUGGGCCCGGGCCCGGACUUAGCUCGGGGCCGGGGCUACCGGUCCGGCGCGUGACGGCCCUCUCGGGCCGCGACAUCGUCUGCGCGAGCGCCGAGUACCAGCGCGGGUGCACGCACGCCUCGACGCCGGCCGCGCGCCCGCUCGACGCCGGCACCUACGUCCUGGUCGCCAGCACCUUCGAGCCGGGCCAGACGGCGCCCUUCACGCUGCACGUGUCCGCUGCCGCGCCGCUCGCGCUGGAGCCCAUCCCGCCCGACGCCGCCGGCCGCUUGCGCACCCCCGUUCCAGUCUCCGUCCCCGCCGGUGGUGGUGGAGGAGGCGAAGGAGGAGGAGGAGGAGAAAAAGCAGCCCAAGCCCAUCAUGCCGUCUGGUUCUUACCGCACCAGACCCGGCUGCGCGCGCGCAUCUCGCCCGCGCGACUGACGCGCCUCGCCGCGCUGGCGCGCACAGACGCGCGGUCGCCGGGCUCUGUGUCGGGACCAGGGUGGGCAGCGGCAGGAGCAGGAGGCGUAGGCACAGGCGGAGCGGGCGCGUCCGCGCUGCGCGUGGCGCUGGAGCUGGGGCGGGGCGCGCACCGCGCCGUGCUGGCCGUGUCGCGGGACGGCGAGUUCGCGGACGCGGGGAUGGGCCUGCGGACGGACGAGGUGGAUGUCGAGCCCGAGACGGCGCGGGCCAGUGGCGGGCUGUGGGUCGUUCUGGAGCGGAUUGGAAGCGGCGGCGGCGGCGGCGGCGGCAGUGACGGUGGCGGUGGAGCGGUGUCUCUGGGUGGGAGAGCCGGGGGUGGUGUGGUGGUUGAGGACUGACGCAGCGACGGUGGGGAGGAUGAACUACUUAGGUGUGUGCUUGUCGAGAGGAAUCGGGCGCAAUUUUGCAUGAUUCGAGUGUCGACCUCGUUAUCUAUUCACCUACGUUAUGCGUAUGGACGAGCACAGCAGCGUGGGAUGGGUCGAGGCGCAAACGAGUCGAGCAGCACUCAACAAUCGGUAGUUAGGAGCAGCAAACAUGGAAGACAACCG